GAAAUCAUUUCAGUCAGUGUCUAACCUUCAGCAGUAAAAGUUGCUUUCUGUGCGGUCGGCUGAGCUUUCAUUAGCCUCAAAGUUACCUUCAACAUGAAUUCAAAAAGUGAGGAAAAGUGUGACCUUCCAAUUAUUUUAGGGACCACUGAAGUUUUUGACCAGGAUGGAAGUGUAAAAUCUAUUGUAUUUCCUUUCACGAGACAAAGUGAUGAUAAGGUAGAAAUUUUACCUUCUACGAAUGUGUGGAUAUUUAAAAAUGACUUUUACACAGUAAAAGCGAUCAGCCUAAACCUUUGCUCCAGUAAUAGGCAUAGCGAAAUGAUAAACAUCCUAUUAUCUCGUCUGAUAGGCGAAGAAAAUUUACAAUACCUAAGCUGGAGGAAAUGGUUAACAUUGAUGGAACUCCCUGAAAUAAUUAAGUUUGUUAUUAAAACUUUUACCAAAGGAAACUGUUUGCCACAAUGCACUUAUUCUACAAAGCAAAUGCAGACUUUUACGCAAGGUGUUUUUAAAAACUCAAGGAGAUAUGUUGCCGGAAAAAUGCAUACUAAAGAAAAUGGAGGAGGAAUAAAAGAGGAAGACGAAAUCGACAUACUAAGUGACAACAGAAAUGAAGAAAAAACGCUUGAGCUCUAUAAAACUUAUGACAACAUAACAUUUCCCUAUAUGAUACCGAGUGAGGAAAAGAUUGAACUUGUACAGGGAUACAAUGUCUGGAUAUCCAGAAUCGAAUUAGAAACAAUAUACAUAAAAUGCUUUACCAUCCCUUGUUUUUCUAAACAUAGAACAAUGAUACGAUUAUUGUUUGAAGAACUUCUGGGCAUCGAAAACAUGAGAUAUAUGAGUAUCGGUGGUAGCAAGAUUCGUCAGGAAACGAGGAAAUAUAUGAAACUCCCAGAAGAGAUCUACAGUGCAGUUCUAGCAUACAAUAUACAACACUGUAACUCAUUAAACUGCGGGAAUGCCUUCUUUAAUAGUCACGGGUAUCAUGAUUUUGUCACUUAUAUUUUGAGUCAGGCAAGGCAGGGAAUAUCACGAAAAAACAAACUGAAGCAAAACGAGAUUGGGAGCAAAACAGAAAAGGAAGAUAUCUUAUUUCCCUGUAUCAUGCAGAACGAGGACAAGGUUGAACUUGUUCGUGGGUCGAAUGUAUGGAUAUCAAAAAAUGAUUUGUGGGAAAUUGAGGAAAAAUGCAACGUAUUAUCGUGUGAAAGUAAACACCAAAAAAUGAUGUACUAUCUUCUUAACAUUCUGUUGAGCACUGAAAAUCUAAGUAUCGCCGGAAACAAGUUUGGAAAGAAUAAUUAUUUUAGACUACCAAAAGAACUAACAACUGCAGUUAUAGUAUACGCGACACGGAAAUGUAAGGCUAUUAACUGUGAUGCUCUAUCCAGCGAUUAUAACUCUUACGUGAGCAGCAUAAUUAAUCAUGCAAGAGCAAUUUCUGAACGCAGAAACUCGAACGGUUUUGAAAAUAACAAUGAGAUGCCGUAUAUUUCCAAUACGGAAGAGAACAUCAGUUUUGCAGAAAGCAAACGAGAACACUCAUUAGAUAAAAACAGUUUCGCAAGAACCUUUGUCAAGUUGGAAAUUAACUCUACGCAGACACCUACAAUUCGAAAAAGAGGACACGAAGAUGAGGAAAACGAUUCCACCAUCAGAAACAAAAGGACAAAAUUAUCCGAAAAUACAGCUAUUCGAGAUCUGGAGAACUAUUGCAGCACUUCGUAUGAUCAAAUUCUUUUGAACCAUUUUCCUUCUUCCGCUUCUCCAAAUCUGAAAAACGAUUGCAACGUUUCGUAUGAUUCAAGGCUUUUGAAAAAUAUUUCUGAAUUUGCCCCUCAAAAUGUGCAGACCUAUUGGACAAGGAAUGGUUCAUAUAAUCAAAUUAGGUUGAACCAUGUUUCUGCAUCACUUUCGAAAAAUCUGAAAAAAUAUUGCAAAGUUUCGUAUAAACAAAUUCCUUUGAACAAUGCUCCAUCUUUCGCUUCUCCAAAUCUGAAGAAUUUUCGCAAAUUUUCAUAUAAUACAAGUCGGUUGAACAAUGUUGCUACUUCCGUUUCUCAAAAUGUGGAAAAAAAUUGCAAGGGCUCGUAUAAUGAAAUUCCUGUAAAUCAUGGUCCUUCUGCGCUUAAAAAUCUGGAGAACUUUUGCGAUAGAUCAUUUGUUUCAAUUCCUUCGAACCAUGUUUCUGCGUUCGCGAAUGUGACUGGUAAUUUAUAUAAACCAGCAGGUAUUCCGCCAAAUGUUGCAGCCGACUACUACUAUGAGGCUGUUUAUAACAGUUUCCUUGUAAAUUAUCUGCAAUCCGUUGUGGAACAUAACGUGUAAUUUUUAAGUUAAUUAAGUAAAUGCGAAUGUAAUUUCUUGAUAAGGGUGUAAUUUUGAAUGAGAUAAUUUUUAUAUGAGAAAUAAUUUUUAUGUGAGAAUUUACAUAUCUACACAAGUUGAAUAGUUUUAGAUUGUAUAAAGUGUAUGAGUACCAUCCUAUAAAAGAAGCACCGUUGAAGAGUCAUGUAUAAUAUAAGUGAUAACAAUAAAAUUUAUUAUCCAUA